AUGAGCGUGGACAAGGCCGAGCUAUGCGGGUCUCUGCUCACCUGGUUGCAGACGUUCCAUGUCCCGCCCCCCUGUACCAGCCCCCAGGAACUGAGCAGUGGCCUCGCAGUAGCCUAUGUGCUGAACCAGAUAGACCCUUCCUGGUUCAACGAGGCAUGGCUCCAGGGCAUCUCAGACGACCCAGGUCCCAACCGGAGGUUGAAGGUCAACAAUCUGAAGACAAUCUUACAGAGCCUGGUGGAGUACUCCCAGGAUGUCCUGGGGCAUCCCAUUUUGGAGCAGCACCUUCCAGAUGUGAGCCUUAUUGGCGAGUUCUCCGACCCAGAAGAGCUUGGCAAGCUGCUUCAGCUGGUGCUGGGCUGUGCUAUCAGUUGCGAGAAGAAGCAGGAGCACAUCCAGAGAAUCAUGACGCUAGAGGAAUCAGUUCAGCAUGUGGUGAUGGAAGCCAUCCAGGAGCUCAUGACCAAAGACACCUCUGACUCCCUGUCACCGGAAACAUAUGGGAACUUUGAUAGCCAGGUAAGGGGUGGGGACCUUCUCCGGCUCGUCUGUAUGCCCUGCCCACAGCUCGUACUCCUGUCAGAGGAGAAGCAGAGCCUGGUUCAGGAAAAUGAGGUGCUGAGGGAGCGGGUGGGCCGGUCCGAGGGUGAGGGCGCCGCAGGCCUCACCUCCAAGAAGCUGCUGCUGCUGCAGUCCCAGCUGGAGCAGCUGCAGGAAGAGAACUUCAGGCUGGAGAGCGGCAGGGAGGACGAGCGCGUGCGCUGUGCCGAGCUGGAACGGGAGGUCGCCGAGCUGCAGCAGCGGAACCAGGAGCUGACCAGCCUGGCCCAGGAGGCACAGGCCCUGAAGGAUGAGAUGGAUGAACUUCGGCAGUCCUCAGAGCGCGCAGGGCAGCUGGAGGCCACGCUGAGCAGCUGCCGGCGCCGCCUGGGCGAGCUGCGGGAGCUGCGGCGGCAGGUGCGGCAGCUGGAGGAGCGCAACGCCGGCCACGCCGAGCGCACGCGGCAGCUGGAGGAAGAGCUGCGCCGGGCAGGCUCCCUGCGCGCCCAGCUAGAGGCGCAGCGGCUGCAGGUUCAGGAACUGCAGGGCCAGCGGCAGGAGGAGGCCAUGAAGGCCGAGAAAUGGCUAUUCGAGUGCCGCAAUCUGGAGGAAAAGUAUGAGUUGGUGUCAAAGGAGAAGGAGCGGCUGCUGGCAGAGCGGGACUCCCUGCGGGAGGCCAAUGAGGAGCUGCGCUGUGCCCAGUUGCAGCCUCGCGGGCUGAGCCAAGCCGACCCCUCACUGGAUCCCACCUCACCGGCUGUGGAAAACUUAGCAGCCGAGAUCCUACCUGCGGAGCUCAGGGAGACGCUCCUACAGCUUCAGCUGGAGAACAAGCGCCUCUGCCAGCAGGAGGCGGCCGACCGGGAACGGCAGGAGGAGCUGCAGCGCCACCUGGAGGAGGCCAACCGCGCGCGCCACGGCCUGGAGAUGCAGCACUGGCUGAACCAGCAGCAGCUGUCGGAGCUGCGGGCCCAGGUGGAGGACCUGCAGAAGGCCCUGCAGGAGCAGGGGGGCAAGACUGAAGACGUGAGUUCAACCCUGCUGAAGAGGAAGCUGGAGGAGCAUCUGCAGAAGUUGCAUGAGGCAGAUCUGGAGCUGCAGCGGAAGCGCGAGUACAUCGAGGAACUAGAGCCCCCUGCCGAUAGCAGCACAGCCCGGCGUGUCGAGGAGCUGCAGCACAACCUGCAGAAAAAGGACGCGGACUUGCGGGCCAUGGAGGAGCGGUACCGCAGAUACGUGGACAAGGCGCGCACAGUCAUACAGACCCUGGAACCCAAGCAGCGGCCACCUGGGGGAGCUCCUCCGGAACUCCACACCCUGAGGACACAGCUCCGGGAGCGGGAUGUCCGCAUCCGGCACCUGGAGAUGGACUUUGAGAAGAGUCGAAGUCAGCGAGAGCAGGAAGAAAAGCUGCUCAUCAGUGCCUGGUAUAAUAUGGGCAUGGCUCUGCAGCAGCGAGCGGGGAAAGAGGGGGCCCCUGCCCAUGCCCAGUCCUUCCUGGCACAGCAGCGGCUGGCCACCAAUGCUCGCCGUGGACCCCUGGGACGCCUAGCACCCUUGAACAUGCGCCCCACUGACAAGCAUUGA